GCGGGGACGCGCCUCGUCAGCCCGCCCUGAGGCGGCCGCGGCGGGGCCGCUGUGUCGCGACAUGGGCGACGACUUGGCGUCGGAGGGCGACACCCUGCUUCAGUCAGAGAAGGAGUUCCAUGAUGCAGCCAAGCGGAAUGACACCGCCAGGAUGGAGGAGCUCAUCAGGAGAGGGGUUGACAUCAAAGCCAAAAACAAUACAGACCGGAGUGCCCUGCACUGGGCCGCGGGAGCAGGGAAUGCGGAUGCCGUGCGGCUGCUCCUGGAUCACGACGUUCCCGUGGAUGAUGAAGACAGUGUACAAAGGCGACUCUCCCUUUUUGGAAUGAAUCCUCUUCUCCUGUCUGCCUGGUUUGGCCACCUCCGUGUCCUGCAGAUCCUCAUCAGCGCCGGGGCCAAGAUUAACCGUGUCAACAAGAAUGGCAGGAACUUGCUCCACUGUGCUGCUCAGAGGGGACACGUCCAGGUCAUAGAGUUCAUCGUGGAGGUCCUGGAGGAUGUGUGUGUGGAUGAGACAGACAAGAUGGACAGGACAGCAUUCCACCUGGCUGCAGAGUAUGGGAAGGUGGAGGUGGUGGAGUUCCUCAUUCGACUGGGUUGUUCUCACAGUGCCAAAGACAAGGAAGAAAACACAGCAUUGCAUUUAGCUGCUAAAAAUGGACACCUCUCCGUGCUGCAGAAGAUUAUAGACAUUGGAGUGGACCUUGAUGGAAAGAACUCAGAAGGCCUUACAGCUCUGCACUUGGCUGCUGAGGGGGGUCACAGGGACUGUGUGAAGCUGCUGGUGGAUGCAGGAGCUGAUGUCAAUGCCCAGACCCAGAAGAAGAUGAACUGCCUUCAUUACGCAGCACUGCAUGGGUACGAGGAGAUAGCCAGGAUCCUCAUGGAUGCAGGAAUCCACACUGAUGCUGUUAAUCAUCAAAAUGCAUCAGCGACGCACAUCGCGGUGCUGCAGAACUUCCCGGCCAUGGUGAAGCUCUUCAUCGAGGCAGGCUGUGACCUUGACGUUCCAGACAAUAGGCAGCAGAGCUCGCUCCACAUCGCCGCAGAGCACGGCAGGCAGGACGUCGCCGAGAUGAUUCUCAUUGCCGGAGUUAACCUGAAGCUGACGGACAAGCAGGGGAAAACGUCUCUGGAUGUCGCUGCCCGAGGCAAUCACAUCAACCUGGUGGACAUGAUUAUCAAAGCUGACAGGUUUUACAAAUGGGAAAAGGACAACCUGAACAGCGACUCCAACAACGCAUGGGUGGCAAAGCACUUGACCUUUAAGCAAGACCACAGGCUGGAAACGCAGCACAUUCGCUCUGUCAUGUGGAGAUUAGCCACUAAGUACCUCAAACCUGGGGAAUGGAAGAAGCUGGCACACUACUGGAAAUUCACAGAUGCUCACAUCAGGGCCAUUGAACAACAAUGGACAGGCACUAAAAGCUACAGGGAACACGGCCACAGGAUGUUGCUGAUCUGGCUCCACGGUGUGAAUACUGCAGGAGAAAAUCCAAUCAAGGGGCUGUACGAAGGCCUGGUGGGGAUUGGAAGAAGAGAUUUAGCAGAAAGUAUCCGGAAAAAAGCCAACGCAGACUCCACCUCUCCACGGAAGUGCACGGCGAUGUGACAGCGCCAGCAGCCUCUGCUGGUCUCUCAGCUACAGGAGAAACACUUCUCUGCUGCUGCUCAAAGGCAGCUGCAACUCAAGGGCUUCUUGUGAGAAACAGCUGGCACUGCUGCACCCUUCUGGCUCUGGAAUGACAAGGGUAAAACAAAUGCUCCUGGUCAGAAAUGGCUCUUUACACAGAAGGGAGAUUUUUAUCAGCAGUUUCCUAUGGUCUGGGUACUGUAAAGGGAGCUCAGUGAGCAAGCCUCACUUGUCACACUGCAUCAGGAAAUGUUACACUGUUUUACUGUACCUUGUUUACAGCACCUGUUUGUAUAUACAUUUUUCAUUGUCAGUUUUUUUAAGUUAAUGAGGGUAAAGCCUUUGUUUUCAGGAGUGUUCUUUACUUACCAUAGUGGGGGGUGUCUGUCACUUGUGUCUUAGACUCGUCUGUAACUUCCCUCUUAUGGUGGGAAUUGAAGAAGCAAAAUCAAAGAUACCAUUUGGUCCUUUUGGAACUUUAGGGGCUGAGAUUUUGAAUGCUUUGCCUCUUCGCAAAAAAAGUUUCUGAGAAGAACAUUAACAUAUAUAGUGUUUAUAAAUUCACAUUAACAUACACAUACUGUUUUUAAAUCAAUUUGGUGAUUAAUGACCCCCCUUCUCUUUUCAGACUGUAUCUUUCAUGGGAUUAGUUAUUUACACAACCUCUGGCAAGGACAGAUAGUUUCCUUGAAUACCAAUUUGUCAAGUAAUGCUUCAUGCUUCUUUUUUUACAGCAUUUCAAGGGGAAAAUAAAGUAUGCAUUUCAAUAAAUCUAGAUUGUACCUUCAAAUUAGAAAGUUAUAUCUUGUCAUCUUUAUUUCAAAAACACUCAAACAUUCUUACU